GCUCGCGCUUUGCCUGUGUCCCGUGCGGCGGUCUCGCGCGCGCACUCUGCGACACCAUGUCGUCGAACAGGAGAGUCGUGUUGAUAUUCGGCGGGUUUGUGGCGGCGGUGGCUGCUGCUUUCUACCCCAUAUUUUUCUAUCCGCUCUCACACACAGAAGAGUACAAAAAAAUCCAGAGUGUGAACCGAGCUGGGAUCAACCAGGCUGACGUGCAGCCCGCUGGAGUGAAAAUAUGGUCAGACCCCUUCAAGCCAAAAUGAGGACUCGUACAUUCAAGAGGAUGGAGGUUUUGUGCAGACCCACCUGCUCCAGCAAGGACCUUUGCAAAGGGUAAAACCCAUUGCACACAUCCCAGUGGAAGCGUGUAUGUUUUCACAAAUACUGGAAAAUGUCUGAAGCAUUUUUGUAACAAAUUACUGGUUUAAAAAAAAUACAAAACCAUGUAUAACCAACUUUUUAUUGAUUCUGACUUUUUAUUUUCAGUUUUUUUGGGAGUUGUAACAAUUUCUUGCGUGUUCCAUGUUAUACAAAAUUUAAAUUGGGAGUGUGCUGGGGUGUUUUCAAUGCUGGAUACACUGAAGCGAACCAGGUUAUGUGGGAAGAGUGUUUCUUUGCACUUGAGACCCCAAGUCUUGUGGAGUCAUAAUGUGAUUUAAAUAUUUCCCAGAGGUUCUGAAGUAAACAUAGUAACCAAAGAAUACAUGAAUGUGUGAAAGGAGCAGGGCUAAGGUUUGCUGCAAAGCAAAAAUGGAAGAAAAAUGUUAUACUUUGUAUAUGUUUAAAUUGUUAAUGAUGCUAUUUGUACUGUAUAUAUAAAU